AUGGACAACAAAAGUGGUAAUUACAAUGAGGGUUGUUCAAUGCAAAGACCACCACUUUUUGAAGCGGAUGGUUUUUGUUAUUGGAAACAAAGAUUUGAAACUUAUGUUUGUGCAAAAGAUAUUGACUUAUGGGACAUAAUCAUUUCGGGUGAUUAUGAAGCUAAGGAUUGGUCAGUCACUGAAAAGAAAUGGAUUAAGGUUGAGAAAAAGGAUUGGAAACCCGAACAUAAACAAAAUAUUGCUAAAAACUAUGAAGCCAAACUCAUGUUAUAUAAUGCCUUACCAAGAAAAGAAUAUGAAAGAGUUUUUAUGUGUAAAACGGCUAAAGAAGCUUGGAUGACUCUUAUAGUCACUCAUCAAGGAAAUGCUCAAGUAAUUGAGAAUAAAAUUGAAUUACUAGUAUCACAAUAUGAACAAUUUGUCGUUGGAGAUGAUGAGAAAAUAGAUGUAGGAUAUACUCGAUUUAAUACUAUUUGUACAAGUUUGAAGGCUUUAGGUACAUCCUACACUAACAAGCAAUAUGUUCGAAAGUUCUUGAGAGCUCUACCAGCUAAAUGGAGACCCAAAGUCACGGCAAUUGAUGAAGCACAAGACUUUGAAAAACUGACAUUAGAUGAGCUUGUUGGUAACCUUAAGGUACAUGAAGUGAUAUUAGAAAAGGAUGAAGAAAUUAGCAAAUUGAAGAAAGAGAAGUUCAAGUCUAUAGCUCUAAAAGCCAAACAUCAAGUUGAAAUAUCACAUGAAGAAGAAAAUGAAGAGGAGCUUGAUGAUGAUGAAGAGUUGGCAUGUAUGGUGAGAAACUUCAAAAGAAUCUUUAAAAGAAAUGGGAAGUUUGUUAGACCUCCUCAAAAUGACUCAAGAAAACCACCUCUAGACUUAAAGAAGAAGUCUAAUAGAAAGUGUUUCAAUUGUGGUGAUCCAAACCACUUGGUAAAUGAGUGCACCAAAAAGAGAAAUGAAAGGGCGUAUGUUGGUGGUGCUUGGGAAGAUGAAGAAGGAGAGGACGAAGAAGAUGCUCAUGAGACAUGCUUCAUGGCCAUUGGCAAUUCGGGAAACUUAAGUGAUGAUGAACCGGAAUCAACAAGCGGAGUUUGGAGUGAUAGUGAAGUUGAAGAUUCCACCAUGUGCUUCGUCAGUCAAGACGAAGAUGAGGUACAUUCCGAAAGCGACUACUCUAUUGAAACACUUUGA